GGAGGGGGGAAGCAGCUGCAGGGCUGAGUGUUGCUGCUUAGGCUGCGCUGUGUGGGGUUUCCCUGCUGACAUGAGAAGACAUGGCUUCUAGGUCAUCCCUCUCCCACCUAAAGCUGGAGGCUGAGAUUGAGCGCUGCAGGGCAGAAUGCCAAUGGGACAGGAUUCAGAGUCUGGUCAAGCAGCUGUCCCCUAAGGUGCAAAGCAGCCCUGAUGACUUUUCCAACCUUCUCCUAGCAGAAGCUUUGCUAGAACUGUGUCUGAAGGAAAAUGCUGCCAAACUGAAAGACUCCGCACCAUUAAUGGACACCAUGGAGCCAAAACUACAACAGGCUAAGAAGUAUCUAACUGGAAUUCUAAACAGAGGCAAAUUACCACCGAAAUAUAUGACAGAAGCCCUGCUGAUAAUGGGAAAACUUCACUACAUGGAGGGAUCAUACAGGGAUGCAGUCAGUAUGUAUGCGCGAGCGGGGAUUGAUGACAUCUCAUUGGACGAUGAGCCGCUCUAUCACAUGCGCCUCAUGACAGAAGCCUAUCUUAUAAAAGGUUUGUCCCUGGAACGCUCUACUGCAACCAUCGCCUCCCGUGCACGGCUCUCCGAAAGAGAAGAAGACGCUAUUUCGUGUUUUGAGAAAGCCAGCUCGAUUGCUCAAGUCUACUUACAAGAGGUAGAGAAGAAUGCAAGCAGCGCCCAUUCGCGGUACUCCAAGGGCAGCUCUCCAUGCCCUGACUUCGAGCUUGGCUAUUUUAUCGAAGCAGCUCUGCAGAGUGCAUAUGUGGCUCAUUUCAAACGAGGUAAUAUUUUGAAAGGAAUUAAAGAGCUCAGGGAUGUUUUAAGAGUUGUUGAAACCAAAGCUAUGCAGACCUUCAAGAUGGCCGCGACUAGGAAGCUGGCUGAAGUUCUGCUGCACUCGUUAAGUGAGAAUUGCUACUGGUGCCCCUUGAAGAGCCCUCUGCCCGAGACUCCAAACAACGACCCUAAUUCCUUCCCUAGUCACAUCCUCCAUCAAAAGCCGCAGACUCACUCAGGAGAUAACCUCUAUUGCCCCCAGGACAACAUUGAAGAAGCUCUCCUACUUCUUCUGAUCAGUGAAUCCAUGGCAAAUAGAGAUGCUGUCAUUAGCCGCGCUCCUGAUCAAAAGGAAGAUCGUGCGGUCAGCCUUCAGAACGCAUCUGCCGUGUACGACCUUCUGAGUAUCACUAUGGGCAGAAGAGGGCAGUAUGCCAUGCUGUCAGAGUGUUUGGAGAGAGCCAUGAAGUUUGCAUUUGGAGAGUUUCACCUCUGGUACCAACUGGCGCUAUCCAUGAUCUCUUGUGGCAAGUAUGCCUAUGCGGUUUCGGUGCUGAAGGAAUGUUCUAAGCUGCGUCCUGCCGAUACAACAGUACUUCUGCUUGGUGCCAAAGUCUGCAUUGGACCACUGUAUUGGCUGGACGAGGCAGAACGGUUUGCGAAACUGGUGACGGAGAUGGGCGAAGACGCAGGAGAAUGUCUCGCUAAAGGCUUUUUGGCCUUGGGGCUGGUGUACAGCCUUCAAGCUACUGAUGCUAAUCACAAAUCCUCUCAAGAUGACUUAAAUCAAAAGGCCGUUCAAGCUCUACAAAAGGCACAUCAGUUAGAUCCUGACGACCCCCAAAUAACAUUAUAUUUGGCGUUGCAACUGGGACUUGUAAGACAGAUAUCAGAUGCCAUUGAGCACCUGCAAGAAGUGUUGAAAUUAUACAAGGAUGAUAUCAACUGCCUUCAUUUGCUGGCCCUCCUAUUGUCGGCACAAAAACAGUACCAACAUGCCAUCGACAUUAUCAACAUGACUGCCGUGGAGUAUCCUGAAAACUUCAGCAUCUUGUUCACCAAACUCAAACUGGAAUGGGUACACAAAGGACCAGAAGAGGCACUCAUCACUUGUAGGCAUAUGCUAUUCUUGUGGCAAAAAUUAUUUAAUGUUUCACAACUGAGCGACUCUGAAAAAGAAAGCAGUUUAGCCGACAUGCCCCUGACAAGAAAACACAGUGGAAUGCAUCUCGCUGUCCCCGAUACACAUGACCCUGAGAAUGGGUCCCAAAGGGCAUCUUCUCUUGCAGCAUCUCGUCUUGAACAGGCCAUGUCAGAAAUCACCAUGCACAGCAGCGCACAAAGGCAGGGGCCUCUUCAGCAAUGGAUAACUCUGGAACAGAUCUGGCUGCAUGCUGCUGAGCUCUUCAUGGAACAGCACCAUUCGAAAGAAGCAGGCUUUUGUAUCCAGGAGGCAGCCAGCAUUUUCCCCACAUCACAUACUGUGCUGUACAUGCGUGGGAAGCUCGCGGAGAUGAAAGGCUGUUUGGAGGAGGCUAAGCAAUUGUAUGAUGAAGCACUAACAGUCAAUCCAGAUGGAGUGAAAAUUAUGCACAGCCUGACUCUGUUCCAUUGCAUAAUAAAAGAAAAGAAAUGCCGCUGUCCUGUUGUGUCAGGCCUCCUCUGCAAUCACUCAAAAACAUGCAUCACGGCUACCGCAGGCUACAUAACCAGAUCACUGCUGGAGUCUGCUACAGAGAAGUACAGAACAGUCGGAUCCGGCAUAAUUAUGCCAAACACACUUCCCUAAUGUUAAUAAAAGUCUGAUUUGUCCAGUGUCACCAAUGAUUAUCAGUUAAGUAAUACAAUUGUCUCGAUUUGGAAGAGCUAAAUGAAUUCCGUUCAAAAAGUAAUGUACCCCUAAAAAGGGAUGGUUAAAUUCAGCAUGCGCUCCAUUAAAGGCAUAGUGAUGUAAUCUUCUGCUACAGGGAAUAUAAAGAGGUGUUUUAGUUAUAUAUAGCUGUAGUAACCAUAAAUGGCCAGAAAAUCUGUGCGUAAAGAUUCUGGCCUAGAAUUACAUUUUAUGGAACAUAUGAAAUGUAACUCGUCUUAAUCAUUGAUAAGAUGAAAUAUGGUUGAGGCAAAUACAAGGAAAUAUACAGGGGAUGGGCAUUAAACCAGUAUGACCAUAAGACAAGGCCAAGGACUAAGUGAGGUUUGAGAUCAUACCGCAAAUAGAAGAAAUAUUGCCAAAUUAAUAAUACCGUAAUUUAAAAAAACAAAAAAGAC